CUGCGUCGAGUUCUGUCUCAGAACUCCAAAAUAGAGAAACGCUUUAAAUCUUAGUAAGUACAGCGAGACAUUGAACCAUGAUGCCAGAAGCCUGAUUUAAAGAGCAUUAUUAUUGCAAAGUGAUGUGUCUGUAAUUAGAAAAGUUGAAAUUUAUCUUCAGAUCCUGAGUAUAUUGAAUACAAUUCAAAACCUCAACUAACACCAACAUGUCUGAGGAAGAAGCUGCGGACACAUUAACUGCUCACCUGAAAAUCAAAGACCAGUGUCACCUUCACCAAGCCUGAGAAGUGACAUGUCAAACAAGCAACCUCCUAACUUCAGCAAUCACAGGAGGCCUGGGAGAGAAAGACCAGUUUCUCCCACACCAAGCGAUGUUUCUAUGACAAGCAACAUGUCAAAGGGUGAUCCUUUGAACUUCAGAGACAACUCACCUGAACACCAAAGACCAGUGUCACCUUCACCCAGCCUGAGAAGUGACAUGUCAAACGAGGAACCUCCUAACUUCAGCAAUCACAGGAGGCCUGGGAGAGAAAGACCAGUUUCUCCCACACCAAGCGAUGUUUCUAUGACAAGCAACAUGUCAAAGGGUGAUCCUUUGAACUUCAGAGACAACUCACCUGAACACCAAAGACCAGUGUCACCUUCACCAAGCCUGAGAAGUGACAUGUCAAACGAGGAACCUCCUAACUUCAGCAAUCACAGGAGGCCUGGGAGAGAAAGACCAGUUUCUCCCACACCAAGCGAUGUUUCUAUGACAAGCAACAUGUCAAAGGGUGAUCCUUUGAACUUCAGAGACAACUCACCUGAACACCAAAGACCAGUGUCACCUUCACCAAGCCUGAGAAGUGACAUGUCAAACGAGGAACCUCCUAACUUCAGCAAUCACAGGAGGCCUGGGAGAGAAAGACCAGUUUCUCCCACACCAAGCGAUGUUUCUAUGACAAGCAACAUGUCAAAGGGUGAUCCUUUGAACUUCAGAGACAACUCACCUGAACACCAAAGACCAGUGUCACCUUCACCAAGCCUGAGAAGUGACAUGUCAAACGAGGAACCUCCUAACUUCAGCAAUCACAGUGUUGAUAAUGAAUCUCAAUCCCAGGCUGACAAAGAAACCAACGGGGAACUGGAAGAGUUACAGUCAAAGAUGAAAAAAAGGUUUCUCAAGGAAAUAUCUUUUGAUAAAGAGGAAAACCACCCUAACCAGAAAACAACAGAGCAUAUCAUCAGAGAAAAACGUGGCUCUAAAGAAGAGGAAAGUCAACAGAAAAAGCCAGUAAAAUUGAAAGCGGCUUCAGAGAUCUUUAAAGAAGAAAAACGGAAUAGAAUAAGAACGGUGCUGACUAUUGGAGAAGCUGGAAUAGGGAAAUCUUUUCAUAUGCAAAAAUUUACAAAAGAGUGGGCUGAAAAUAAUACAAGACCUGGCGGAUUUUCUCUUUAAAAACACAGUCCCUCUCUUCUACAGAGAAAAAAGUAGAAAUUUUAUUUCCUCUUAACUUCUCAAAGCUAAACUUUGUAAAAGAGAAAAAAAUCAGUUUGCUUGAACUUCUCAACCAUUUCUUUGAGGAAACCAAGAAUAUCAUUAUCUCAGACUAUUCUCAGUUAGGAAUUGUAUUUCUUUUAGAUGGACUUGAUGCAUAUCAACACUCUUUAGACUUUAAUUACAGUGAAAUCUUGAAUGAUGUCAGAGAACCAACAUCAUUGGACGUCCUACUUGUAAACCUCAUCAAAGGAAAUCUGCUUCCAGAAGCCAAAGUGUGGAUAACCUCCAGGCCCGCUGCUGCUGACAAAAUACCAGAUGAUGUUGUUGACAGGAUAACAGAAAUACGAGGAGACAACACCAAAGGAAGUGAUGACCUGAAGAAAUGUAUUCUUGAAGAGCUGAGUCGACAUAAAAAUGACCAAAAACUCUCUGAAAUUGGGAUAUUUGAUGAUAAAAAGAAAUGGAGCCAGGUCAAAUACAGUAAAUUGUUUUCUGAAAAGAAAACUAGAACAGUGCUCAUGAAAGGAGUCCCAGGUAUUGGCAAAACAUUCCAGACAAGAAUGUUCAUGAUUGAUUGGGCUGAAAGAAAAUCCAACAAGGACAUAAAGGCUUUAGUGUCUCUUCCUUUCACUGAGCUGAAUGCAAAGAAGGAUGAAGAA